UGAAACAAUCUUCCUACAUGUUCUUUGUUUCGUUACUCUUUCCUUGAACCGCAGCGUCCCCCCCUACGCCUUCCCUUCCUCUCUCUCUCUCUCUCUCUCUCUCUCUCUCCCUCAAAAAAAGAGUAGAAAUUAACAAUCUCUUGAACAAUUAAUUCAUUUUGAUCCAUGGCCCUGUCAAUGUGUUUUCCUCAGUUUCCACAGGCAAAAUCCUUAGAGAAAACACAAGCAAAGAAAUCACUGACUGUAAAUCCAUUGUCCUUUGGCCAUUUGCCCUCUUGGGCUUCUCUCAAUGUGAAACAGGCUUCCUCUCAAACCCACAAAAACCAUGGAGGAGGAGGCAAUGUCGAAAAUGUCCAUCUUAUUUCUCUCUCUAAACAGGGCAAAUUUCAAGAAGCCCAAGCUUUUCUCCAUUCAAUGGAGUCUUCAAAUAUUCCAGUGAUGCCACAAACUUAUGUAACCUUAUUUGAAGCUUGUGGUGACAUGGGGUCCUUAUCAUUUGGAAAGAUAUUCCAUGAAAGAAUGAAAAGAGUAGAAAAAGAACCAGAAAUAUUCCUUGGAAACCAUCUUCUAUCCAUGUAUUCAAAGCUUGGAAGCAUUGUCGAUGCUUUCCAAGUGUUUAAUGAAAUGCCCAGUAAGAAUUCAGUCACAUGGAGUAUAAUGGUGAGUGCUUUUUCUCAGAAUGGGUUUGUCUCAGAGGCCUUAAGCUUGCUUUCUGAUAUGAAUGUCAUUGGGAUUAGUUCGAACCAGUCUGUAUAUGUGAGUCUCCUUCGUGCUUGUUCUAAUUCACCCAGAGGGCCAGAACCUGGAAAGCAGCUACACUCUCAAAUUAUCAAAUUGGGUUUCAUUCCUGAUCUUCUAAUUGAAACCGCAUUGUGUAAUAUGUACAUAAAGUGUAGAGAGUUAGAUAGUGCUAAGCUUAUCUUUGAUAAUAUGCCUGAGAAAAAUGCAGUAACUUGGACUGCAGUCAUGUCUGGUUAUACCCAAGCCGGUAAAGAAGAAGCAGCUCUGGCUCUGUAUCAAAAAAUAUUAAUGGUAGGAAAUGAACCGGAUGGGUUUGUUUUCUCAGUUAUCCUCAAGGCUUGUGCAGGCUUAAACAACCUCAAAUUUGGAAAAUUGGUUCAUGCCCAUAUAUUGAAAUUGGGCAUGGAAAAGGAGGUUUCGGUCGGAACCCCACUAGUUGAUAUGUAUUUUAAGUGUGGAAUGGUCGAAUAUGGACGCCAAGUUUUCAAAAGAAUUUCUCAGCCGAAUGAAGUCUCUUGGAGUGUUAUAAUUGCAGGCUAUGCACAAGUUGGGGAUGUAGAAGAAAGUCUUGGGCUUUUCAAUCUUCUAAGGAGAAGUGGUGGGCCUAUGAAUUCAUUUAUAUAUUCCAGUGUUUUUCAGGCUUGUGCAGUGUUAGCUGAUCUUAACUUGGGAACCCAAUUACAUGGUGAUGGAAUCAAGAUGGGGCUGAUCUCUGACUUAUAUGGAGAGAGCUCACUGGUUACCAUGUAUUCAAGGUGUGGAUGCUUUGAAAAUUCAUGUCGUGUCUUUGAAUCAAUAGAAGAUCCUGAUAUUGUAGCAUGGACUGCCAUGAUUGCUGGUUGUGCUUACCAUGGCCAUGCUUCCAAAGCCUUACAACUCUUUGAGAGAAUGAAGCUCUUAGGUGUAAGGCCAAAUACUAUUACAUUUGUAGGACUCCUGACUGCUUGUAGCCAUGCUGGGUUUGUAUCAAAAGCUUGGAACUAUUUAGACUCAAUGAGGAAAGACUAUGGUGUAAAGCCCACAAUUGAUCACUAUGAUUGUAUGGUGGAUGUAUAUUGCAGAGCUGGUCUUUUAGAUGAUGCAUUUCAUUUAAUCAAAGAGAUGCCAUUUGAACCAGAGGCCAUGACAUGGAGGAUUUUGUUGGGUGGCUGUAGUGCCCAUGGUAAUGUCAGGCUUGGGAAGAUAGCAGGUGCAGGCCUCCUUGAACUGGAGCCAGACGAUAAUGCUGCCUAUGUCCUCUUAUUUAACUUGCAUGCUUCCGCUGGAUUAUGGGAAGAGGCAGCAAAAAUUAGAAAGAUGAUGAGUGAGAGAGGAGUGAGAAAGGAGCUUGGUUGUAGUUGGGUUGUGAUAAAGGAUAAAGUACAUAGGUUUAUAGUGGGUGAUAGGCAUCAUCCUCUAACACAAAAGAUUUAUUCCAAGCUGGAAGAAUUGAAAAUUGCACUAGGUAAAUCAGGUUAUAUCUGUCAAAAGACGCAUAAGAUUCAAGAUUUGAAAGAAGAAAGAAAUAACCAGCUUUUAGACCAUAGUGAGAAGUUGGCAAUAGCAUAUGGACUUGUAUCAACACCCAAUAAUGCCCCAAUAUAUGUGUUCAAGAACAUUCGUGUUUGCAGCGAUUGUCACAUUUUCAUAAAGCUAACGUCAUGCUUUGUGGGGCGUGAGAUUGUUAUCAGAGAUUCGAGUCGUUUCCAUCAUUUUAAGGGUGGGCAAUGCUCUUGUAAGGACUAUUGGUGAGGUAGGGCAUAUAUGCACUGGUUGAUAAGAAAGAAUUCCACGUAAAUAGAAAAAAAGAAGAAUAGAUACCAUGAGAGGGCAAUUUUGAAAAGUAAAAAAAAAACUUGGAUUUUUCUUGAUUCCCAAGUGCUAUUGCCUUCAUGAAAUUGGUCUAUGAUGUAGCUGGUGUUUGGCUGCAGUUUAGCAGCCAUUGAAAUAUGAUUGAUCUCUCAUACUUGGUGCCUGCCGCCCUUCUGUACAGGUUACUUCAUUGAUCUAUAUGUCAAGCACAUAAGUUGUAUGGUGCCAUGUGGUUCCUUCCCUUAUUUUGGAAUCUUUUUUCGUUCAUAAUUGUACUAUUAAUUGAUUGUA